UUUGCCUUGGUUGGUGUAAUCUGAACUGUAGUAAAUAUGGUGCAUUUCUCUCAUUUUACCUAAUUUGUGUUUUCAGCUUUGAACAAAGCCUGCUCUGAUUUACCCACCCAAAGUCACUUUGCAUCAGAGAUUGAGUCCCUGUUUCUACAUAAGACAAUGUGCUUCUCACCAAACCUCAUAUCAGUGCAGGACUUUGCUUUGUCUGCUUCCCUCCCUAAAGAGCAACAUCAUGACCUUCAUUGGGCACAUUCUUUUUUUUGUUGCGCUUGUGAUUGUUGGUGUUUCUGGAAACAUAUUUAACCUCAUUUUUACUAUACAACAGCAAGUGAAGACCAUGACCAUUCAGACUGUCGGUUUAAUCCUAAACAUCAUCUCCAUCAGCAACAUUAUCUUGGUACUUGCCACCUUCGGAAUGGUGGUAAGUGUCUUUCAGAAUCCCCAAAUUUGGUGCAUCAAGCCAUAUCCUUUAGCUAUCCGGACUGAAUUAUAUCUAAUGAUGACAUUCAGCUUCAUCAGCUUCUGGGCCAUUGCAUGGCUGAGUCUCUUCUACUGCAUCAAAGUUGUAAAUUUCUCCUCAGAGUGCUUCCGAGCAUUGAAGAGGAACAUCUCCUCUGUGAUCAACGCUGCAGUGCUGCUGAGUUGCAUGUUCUCCUCCUUGUUGUUCUCUCCUAUGUUCUCACUUGACCUUGUGGAGUCAUUGGAAAAAAAUGUGAAUGUGAGCGAUAUUGCGAACUUGACCUGUCCAAUGCCCUCCUUCACUAUACAGAUGCAUGCAAACGUAUAUAUUGCUGCUGUGCUUUGCCUCCUCUGCCCGAUCCCUCUGAUGAUCAUGCUGCCCACCUCUAUCAGAAUGGUCGUCCACCUAUGCGCCCACACGCUGGCUCUCAAGAAGAACCAGACCCAGGUGCAGGGAUCUGACUCAUACCUCCUGGUGUGCAAGAUCACCGUCUCCCUGGUGGGAGUUUAUCUGUCCACUCUGUGUAUUGUGGCUUUGUUUUUCAUUAUAAGGAUAAUUGGGCAAUUUAUCACCUACCACAUCUUAGUCAGUGCCUUUAGUUUUUACAGUGGUAUGGCUUCUAUCCUUCUGACAGCUUCAAACAGGCAUCUGAAAGAGAAGCUCUGGAGACUGUUCUGUUGUAGGAAGGCACAGGAACAAGCUAGCAGAAGCCAGACAGUUGUGACAGGGGAUGUUUGA